AUGCCACCCGCACCUCGCAACAUCAUGCCUCUCGAACCCACCUCUUAUCCCUUCCUUGGUAACGCGAACGACGUCCCCCCUUCACCCACCUCGACCACAAAAUCCCAGGCUCCCAUUCUUCCCAAGCCCGACAUAGACAACAACGACAUCAGCAACAGCAGUAGCAAUAUGAGCGCUAACAACGCAAACGACUACGAGUUCUUCCACUCCAAGAAGUUUGCAUUGUGCUUCGGGGCGAUGUGUCUCAAUGUCAUCCUUUUCGCUUUGGACCAAUUCAUCAUCACUGCCGCCGUGCCAAAGAUCAUCAAUCAAUUUCAGUCUCUGGACAAAUUGGAAUGGCUCAACACGGCUUUCUUCGUCCCAUGUGCCGGCGCCAUCCUCAUCUACACCCAACUCAUGACUAUCGUCAGCCCCCGCUGGAUCUAUCUUGCAGCCAUUGCUACUUUUGAAGCUGGAAGUGCCAUCUGCGGAGCAGCGAGUAGCAUGAACCUAUUGAUCGUUGGUCGAGCCAUAGCUGGCUUAGGAGGAGCUGGAAUGUGGAACGCAACGUAUCUCAUUGGAGGCGAGCUCAUCCCGUUCUCCAAACGCCCUGGCUACUUUGGUCUCUUCGGUGUCAGCUAUAUCCUUGCCUCUGUGAUGGGACCGCUUGUUGGAGGCGCUUUCACUGACAUGAGCGAAGAAGGGUGGAGGUGGUGCUUCUACAUCAAUCUCCCCGUUGGUGGCGUUGUCCUCUUUCUUCUUCUGAUCUUUCUCCCCGAUACCGCCCAGCUCAUUCCAUUCGAUGGCCAAUUUGACCGCCGACCUACAUGGCUCAAGCUCCUCCGUAUUGACUGGCUCGGCGGGGCGCUGUCUGUUGGAUUCGUGACCUGCUUGGGAAUGGGUCUUCAGUGGGGAGGGGUCACGGAGGACUGGGAUGAUAAAAGUGUCAUCAUCAGUCUCUCAUUCUCCCUCGGUCUCUUCAUCCUUUUGAUUUUGUGGAGUCUUUGGUUUGGUUCGAGGGCCAUGAUUCCCAUGCCGUUGUUCAGGAGUCUGCAUUUCACUGCCGGAGCUUGGGUCGCUUUCUUUGGAUAUGGAAAUGUGGUUGUUUACCUGUACUACCUUCCGCUCUAUUUUGAAGCCAUCAAAGAGAAAUCAGCUACCGCCGCCGGUGUGCUGCUUCUCGCUUUGCAACUUACAAUGGGUGUCUGUCUGGUCUUUUCUGGCAAAUUGGGCGAAGUCACGGGUCAAGCCAAAUAUGUCAUCGUCGCCGGCUCCUGUCUCCUGGCCACCGGCGCUGGUCUGUUCACCACCCUCAAGGCAGACUCGUCCAUCGGCCGCGCUGUCGGCUUCGAAGUCGUCUCGGGCGUGGGGCUGGGUCUGGUCUUGAACAUCAUGGUCGUCCUUGUACAGGCAAACUAUCUCGAUCGACCUCAACUUGUACCGCAUGCUACCAACCUUUUCAACUUCUGGGGUUUCGUAGGCCGCAUCGUGUCCAUGUCGACUGCUACGAGUAUUUUCAAUAACAAGCUUCGCAUCGGUCUAUCCUCCAUCGGACUCUCCGAAGCUGUCGAGGUACAGAUCGCGGCCGCGCCCAGUGCCAUCUGGACGCUGGAUGCCUCUCAACGAGCUGAGGUGUUGGUUCAAUACACAGCUGCUCUGGUCAAGCCAUUCUGGUUUGUCUUGGGACUAGGUGCCAUGUGCUUUAUCUCGAGUCUCUUCAUGAAAGACAUCGAUCUGAAAGCGGUCGCUCAGCAAGGGCAGCAGGCGGAGAUCAAUGGCGGGGAUAGGGAUGGACACGAAAACUAUGCGAUGCAGGGGAGCGAUGUGUCGUCCAUGAGAAAAGAUACGAGCACGCAGGACGAGAGGAAAGGAGAUUUGUAUCGGGUGUCCACAAAUGAGAUUGGACGCGUAUAA